AUGAGCGACUUCUGGCACAAGCUGGGCUGCUGCGUCGUAGAGAAGCCACAGCCCAAGAAGAGGAGGAGACGGAUCGACCGCUCCAUGAUCGGGGAGCCCAUGAACUUCGUCCACCUGACGCAUAUUGGCUCUGGCGACAUGGCCGCAGGCGAAGGCCUGCCCAUGACUGGUGCCGUCCAGGAGAUGAGGUCCAAGGGUGGGCGGGAGCGACCGUGGAGCAGCUCCCGGGUCUUGUAG